CCUGGUUUUGAACUCCUUACAAUCCUCCUGCCUCCAUCUCCUGGGUGGGUGCUGCAAUUACAGGCGUGCAUGACCACGGCCUGCUUCAUGGUCUGUUUUGAUCACCACUGGAAUCUCUAGCAUCAAGCAGAGUUCCUGGCACUACUAUGGGGUUCUAGUGUUGGGUGAGUGGAUCUUGCUGAAGCACCUCUGCCCAUGACUCUUUUGUUGCUGUUGUGUCAGAUCCAGACUCCCUUACCUGCCUAUCAAGUCCCUGCAAGCUUUGUCUGCACCCCAUCUAUAAUUGGAUUUCCUGUCACUCCUCAUCGCACUCACCCUCCAGGAAGGAUGGUGGCUCAUCCUUUUCUUCUUACCUCUAUUCUAUUGUCCCAUUUCAAAUCUACCUUCUUUUCAUCCAUCCAAAAUCCUAUACUUCCCUUGAAUUCUACCACUUCCAUGAACCCCUUCUCCAACAAAUCUAAACCAUAUUAGUUUUUCUUUCCCAAGAUUAUGAAAUUAUAUGAAUAAAACAAAUUUUUCUCUUUAUACUCACACUCAACGCAGAACCUGAUCAUGAAAUGGUCAGGAUGUUUUACACACAUCAAGCAGUUGUCCAGAGACACCAACUAGGUGUGCCGUGACUCACCUCAGAUCUGAUGCUAUCUCCUGGAGACAGUGUCAGAUCCUAUAGGUUAAGAGCUCAGGGCCACCAGACUGUGCUUCUGAUCAACUGUAAAUUGAGUUUACCAUGACACCUUCCCUCCUUGGGUUCACUUAUUUGCUAGGAUAUCUCACAGAACUCAGGAAACAUUUAUUUACUUACAUUUAUUGUUUUCUUAAAAAGGAUCCAGAAGAAUGGCAAGAAGAAGAGAUGCAUAGUGCAAAGUAUGAGAUCAGUGGGGAGAUUUUGGGCCCUAUCUGUACACACCACCCUCCAGCACCUCCAUGUUUUCAGCAAUCUGGGAGCAUGGCAGACCUGUUGGUCCCAACUUUUUACUGAGCUUAAUCUCCACAACCCCCUAAUCCUAUUUCCUGGAAGUAAGUGGGUAAGGCUGAGAGUUCCUAGCCCAGUGGUGUCCAUCUGUGACACAUGUGCCACAGUGGGCUGUUUGUAUCCUUGAAAGCUCUAAAAGGUCCGCAAUCACAGUCCUACCCUGUCAUCCUCUCUCAUGGUCUUUUUGGUGACUGGUGACUGGCUCUGCCCUGUCCUAAGCUGUCCUCAAUAGUAUAAACUCCCGUGGGAUUGAAAGGGACUCAUUGGUCUGGGCAUGUAGCUUGCCUAGCGCACACAAGACCCUGGGUUCAAGCCCCAGCACCCCUCCCCCAAAAAAGACUCAUUAUGAAAAACAAAAGACAUCCCUAGCACUCAGGAGUCUUCAAGAAUUUUAGAAGCUCUGUGACCAAUACUAAGAACAAAGACCAAGUGUAUUUCCUUUUAUACCACAGACGAAGUUUAUUCAUUCAACAAAUGUUUAUUGACACCUACCCUAUGUAACUGCACUAGUUAAACAACACUAGCUAAACAUACAGUAUAUGUUUACUUAUUUAAUGGUACGAGGGCUGGGACCCAAAGUGUCACUCAAUGCUAAGCACAUACUCCACCACUGAGCUACUUCUUCCCACAAAUACAAGAGAUAGCAUAAAAGGUACCCCAACCAGUAUUCAUAAUGUUUAUCAGACAGUAACAGACAACUUUUAAUCAAAGAUUCAUACAAGUAGGUGAUAGGUUACAAUGUAUAAUCGCUAACAUUUAAUUUUUAUGCAGCUGGCCAUGUUCCACAUCCUUUACAGCUAUUACCUGUGAAUUAACUCUGAAGAAACCCCAUAGGAGGGCCAGGGAUUUAGCUCAGUGGUUCCACCGCCUGCCUCACAAGCACAAGGUCCUGAGUUCGAUCCCCGGUACCAGAAAAGGAAACCCCAUAGGAAAAAAUAGUAUAAUCUCAUUUUUCAGAGGAAAAUAACAGCUGUACCUAAAAAUGUGUGCUGUUUCCACAUAUAUUAAAUGGAAUUGUUUAUAUUCAUAGAUGGAUUCUUAUUGGUAGAGCCCUUGGGUCAUGCCUCACUCACACAGUGAUGAUAAUGUGAGGCUGAGGGAUUAAAGUAAGAGAAUCCCAGUAGAGACGUUAAGAAGAGCUGUGAUCUGAAGUGAAGGAAUAAGGAUGGUCCUUUUGAAGUUUAAUGAUCUAUCUCGGGGAGAAGGACCAGGGGAAGUGCAGAAAUUGAGGCGGUAACAGUUGCCCCGGCAGCUUCCGUACAAGAUGGCGCUUCCCAUUCGCACGCUGCAAAGGGGCUACGUCCGCCCCUAGCCGCCGGCCCGGAAGUGGUUACGACCGCAGUGGCUCCGGGUAGGUGCGCGGAGGCGGUUGUGGAGGUUCCAGUUUUUCAGCGUAAGGCGCCGCAGGUGUUCAGACCGGGUUCGAAGGUGCAGAUUGUGGAAUUAGUGAAAUGCUGUCCUAAACACUAAAAGGUUGAACAUGCCUAGACAGAACUUGAUGGCUUUGACAGUGGCCACCCUCCUGGGAGUGGCUGUGGGGGGCUUCGUCCUGUGGUGGGGCAUCCAGCGCCGGAGGAAGAGCCCUGUGACCCAGGCACAGCCGCAGCAAGCGCCAGGCAGGAGGGUGUGGUACCCUCCACAAGAGGACCAGCUGCCCUUGGGUGUCCGCAGGCCCUCAUGGGAGGAGAGGAUCCUCCAGGCAAAGGUGGUGACGGUGUCUCAGGAGGCCGAGUGGGAGCAAAUCCAGCCCCUGCUUUGGAGUGAGUUGGAAGAUUUUCCAGUGCUUGGAAUCGACUGUGAGUGGGUGAAUUUGGAAGGCAAAGCCAGUCCUUUGUCACUCCUACAAAUGGCUUCACCAAGUGGCCUCUGUGUCUUGGUUCGCUUGCCUAAGCUGACCUGUGGAGGCAGAGCACUGCCAAGAACAUUACUGGAUAUUUUGGCAGAUGGCACCAUUUUAAAAGUCGGAGUGGGAUGUUCAGAAGAUGCCAGCAAGCUUCUGCAGGAUUAUGGCCUCAUGGUUAGAGGGUGCCUGGACCUUCGAUACCUAGCCAUGCAGCAGAGAAACAGUGUGCUCUGCAAUGGGCUUAGCCUGAAAUCACUCGCCGAGACUGUCUUGAACUUUCCGCUUGACAAGUCCCUUCUGCUUCGCUGCAGCAACUGGGAUGCUGAGAAUCUUACAGAGGACCAGGUGACUUAUGCUGCCAGAGAUGCCCAGAUUUCAGUGGCUCUCUUCCUCCAUCUUCUUGGAUACCCUUUCUCUAGGAAUUCUGUUGAAGCAAGCAGUGUCCACACUGGCUGGAGAAAAGUCUGGGAGAAAUGCCAGGAUGUUGUAGACAUCCCAUUCCGAAGCAAAGGGAUUGGCAGAUUGAUAGAAGAAGUCAAUGGGGAGCCAACGGAAUCUCAGCAGAAGCCAAGAAAUAAGAAGUCUAGGAGCAGUGGAACUCCACCAGGCAACCACCAAGGGAGAGACCCCAGGAAAAAUAAAAGGAAGCCUCUGGGGGUGGGCUAUUCUGCCAGAAAAUCUCCUCUUUAUGAUAACUGCUUUCUCCAUGCCCCUGAUGGACAACCUCUCUGCACCUGUGAUCGAAGGAAAGCUCAGUGGUACCUGGACAAAGGCAUUGGAGAGCUGGUGAGUGAAGACCCUUUUGUGGUGAAGCUACAGUUUGAACCUGCGGGGAGACCUGAGUCCCCAGGAGACUACUACCUGAUGGUUAAGGAGAACGUGUGUGCAGUGUGCGGCAGGACAGACUCCUACAUUCGGAAGAACGUGAUUCCACACGAGUACCGGAAGCAUUUCCCCAUCGAAAUGAAGGACCACAAUUCCCAUGACGUGCUGCUCCUCUGCACUUCUUGCCAUGCCAUCUCCAACUACUAUGACAACCAUCUGAAGCAGCAGCUGGCCAAGGAAUUCCAGGCCCCCAUUGGCUCUGAGGAGGGCUUGCGCUUGCUGGAAGAUCCUGAGCGCCGGCAGGUGCGCUCUGGGGCCAGGGCACUGCUUAAUGCAGAGAGCCUGCCUCCGCAUCGGAAGGAGGAGCUGCUGCAAGCACUCCGAGGAUUUUACAGCACAGAUGCUGUCACAGAUGAGAUGCUUCAAGAGGCUGCCAGCCUGGAGACUAGGAUUUCCAAUGUAAGCUACGUUCCCCAUGGGCUGAAGGUGGUGCAGUGUCAUGCCCGAGGUGGGCUGCGGUCCCUCAUGCAGCUGGAGAGCCGCUGGCGUCAGCACUUCCUGGACUCCAUGCAGCCCAAGCACCUGCCCCAGCAGUGGUCAGUGGACCACAACCAUCAGAAGCUGCUCCGCAAACACAGGGAGGAUCUUCCCGUCAAGCUGUCGUGACCGCUGCUUUCCACCCAGGUCAGGAUGGGUAGGAAGCUGUAGCCAAAAGUUGAAAGGUCACCUCUUCCUAUUUUAAUAUAUCAUUGUCCCAGCCUGGGUGACCCAAUUCAGUACUAAUCUGUACUAGUCCCAGGGUGUUUCUGAGGGAAGCAAGACUCUUGUUUUAAAUUAGGGGAGUUUAUAGUUUUGAGUUUUCAUUGGGCAGAGCAUAUUUUUUCCUCCUCUUUUGUUUUUGUGGACCACAGAGGCCUUGGCCUUUCUUUUACUCUCUCUCUCUCUUCUGCUUGUCCUUUGAAGAGAGAAAAUAAAGACUGAAGUGACUUGUGAAGACUGAGAAAAUGAGUGAAAUCAAUUUCUUCCCUGUCCACCACUUUGGUGUUUCCCUAACAGCAGAAGUCCACGGUGUCAGUUUCGUCAGGUUAGGAGAGAGAAAAUGUACUUACAGAGGUUGCAGAAGGGACCAAGGGAGUCAUAUUCAUUGUCCCAGUUCAGCCUCAGAAGUCUGAUUUUCCUUGCUCUUCUGAGAGUCAUCUGGUUGGGAUCUACCCACCUGGGUUGCUUGGUUUAUUUCACAUACUUGAAAAUAUUCCUCUUUAUACAUCUGGGACCAAAGUAGCAACAUCCUGCCAUGUGCUUCUGCCCAACAUGGGGGAUCCAUUCCUGAAAUAAGCCUUCAGCCUGGGUUGGGGCAGAGACAAGAAUAUUCAUCUCUCCAGGAGAGCUCUGGUAGUUUAUUUAGCUUUUCCUCAUUUUGUUUGUCGCCUGCUUAUUUCAAUACUCUGGCCCAGGGCUGUGAGGUUUUUAGCUUGAUCCCUUUCUGAGGGGAAGAUUAUCUUUUCUUAGAACCCAUGUCAGCUCCCUUCAGUGUUCUAGGUGCCAGCAGAUUUGCAAUACUGACCUCUUUUCAUACUUAAUUCACUCCCAGAACCAUUUGGUCAAAUUGUGGUGAGAAGAGUUCACCUCCUCUGAUGCCUGGGACCCUGAGAUUUACUUGUACUGUAGAUGUUCAAAGGGUGAAUGUUUCAUCUUUCAAAAUGUUAGGCUACCACUUUGAGUAUAAAAUCAGUUUAUUAGUGAUUAGUGUUUUUUCUAAACUACUAGUAAAACUUUCCUAUUUUACAUGAUCUUUUUUUUUUUGGUUUUUUGAGA